AUGAGGCGGGCGCAGCUGCCCAGCCUCCUGGCCUCGCUGCUCCUCCUGGCCUCGCAAGUGGCCCUCGGAGCCAGACCAGCGGCCGACCUCGAGGGGAGCGCGGAAAGCGACCUGACCCUGCGGCUGCGGUUCCCCGAGGAAAACCGCGCCGGAUCCCGCCAGCCGCUGCAACCCGUUCCCGAGCCGGACGGGGCGAGCCCGUGGCUGCGAUCUCAGCGCCGUCUGUCUCCGGAGGAGGGAGAAGAGCUGCGUCGGCGCCUCGCCGAACUGAGCGACCGACUCAAACGCCACGAGCCGCCUCUCUCGAUCGACCUCACCUUCCACCUCCUCCGCCACAUGAUGGAGAUCUCCCGGGCGCAGAGCCAGCAAGCCCAGGCGGAGUUGAACCGUCAACUCUUGGACUCGGUAGGCAAGUGA